CAUUCGGUAGUCAAAGAAUUUAUCCUCCUGGGCUUUGGGGAUAUCAGUGAUUUUCAGAUUCUGCUCUUCUUUGUAUUUCUAGUAAUCUACAUUGUUACUAUGGCUGGGAACCUACUGAUUGUCAUCUUAGUUGCAGCUGAUAGACAUCUUCACACCCCCAUGUAUUUCCUCCUGGGGAAUUUGUCUUGCUUAGAGACCUGCUAUAUCUCCACCAUUUGGCCCAGGAUGCUUGACAGCUUCCUGACUGGGAACCAAUCCAUGUGGGUGACUUCAUGUUUUACACAAUUAUAUUUCUUUGGGGGCUUGGCUACAGCAGAAUGUUAUCUCCUUGCAGUUAUGUCUUAUGAUCGCUAUCUAGCAAUAUGCAAGCCAUUGCAUUAUGCAACCCUUAUGAAUAUCAGAUCCUGUCUGCAGUUAGCAAGUGGUUCUUGGGUCAUUGGCUUUAUGGUUAACUCUGUGACAACCUAUUUUAUUACUCACUUGGUAUUCUGCGGACCUAACAUAAUCGACCAUUUCUUCUGUGAUUUUUCUCCACUACUCCAACUUUCUUGCAGCAACACCCUCAACAUCCAGUUACUGAUAUUUAUUCUGUCAGCUCUGUUUGGAUUGUUCCCUUUUCUUUUAACCCUUAUUUCCUACAGCUGCAUCAUAGAAACCAUUUUAAGAAUCCCAUCCUCUGUUGGGCGGAAGAAGGCAUUUUCCACCUGCUCAUCACAUCUCAUUGUGGUUACUCUCUUUUAUGGAACUAUAGUCAUUGUUUAUGUAGUGCCCAAAAACAAUACACUCAGAGAACUGAACAAGGUCUUCUCUGUCUUCUACACUGUCUUGACUCCCUUGGUGAACCCUUUUGUAUACAGUCUGAGAAAUAAAGACAUUAAACAAGCUUUGAAAAAAACUUUCAAGAAUUUUGUUGAUUCGUCAUAA